GAGGCGUCUAAAUCAAGGACCUCCGUACAGGCAGCUGAUGAUACUGCCGGCUAAGACACUAUUCAUUUAAAAAAAUAAAUAAAGCUGCAGUUUGUCGCUGCACACGGGCUCGUGUGAAACAGAUGAUGCUUGCUUUUAUUACAGUCGGUUUAAUUUGACGAAUGUCUCCGGCGUUUAAGGAGGAAAUGUGUGGAUUUAUGGACUCAAAGCUUUAAAUGAAGAUCAUGGCGUUUCCGGAGGGAGAAUCACUCGAAUCCUGGCUCAACAAAGCCACACACCCGACCAACAGGCAGGAGGACUGGGAAUACAUAAUCGGGUUUUGUGACCAGAUCAAUAAGGAGUUGGAAGGUCCUCAGAUAGCCGUGAGACUCCUGGUUCACAAAAUCCACUCUCAAGAAUGGGAAGCCCUUCAAGCUCUGACGGUACUGGAGGCGUGUAUGAAGAACUGUGGGCGAAGAUUUCACAACGAAAUAGCCAGAUAUAGGUUUUUAAAUGAGCUGAUCAAAGUGGUCUCACCCAAGUAUAUGGGGGACAGCGUUUCUGACAAGGUGAAGAAUAAGAUCAUUGAGAUGUUGUACAGCUGGACCGUGGCGUUUCCCAACGAGGCCAAGAUAGCAGACGCGUACCAGACGCUCAAGAGACAGGGACUUGUGAUGUCAGACCCAGAACUGACGGUGGACAAAACCCUGAUCCCGUCUCCUCCGGCACGCCCCAAAAACCCGGUGUUUGACAACGAGGACAUGGGGAAGUUGUUGGCUGAACUUCUGAGGAGCAAAAACCCAGAAGAUCUUCAGGAGGCUAACAGACUGAUCAAAAACAUGGUGAAGGAGGACGAGGCCCGAGUGCAGAAAAUGACCAAACGCAGCCAUACGCUGGAGGAAGUCAACAACAACGUCAAGCUCCUGAGCGAAAUGCUGAGUCACUACGACAGAGACCGAUCGUCGGACGCCGACCGCGAGCUCAUCAAGGAGCUGUAUGAACGCUGUGAUAAACUACGGCGCACGGCGUUCAAACUGGCCACCGAAGCCGAGGACAACGACUCCAGUUUGGGGGACAUUCUCAAGGCGAACGAUGAUUUGUCCAGAGUUAUCAGCGCCUAUAAACGAAUCGUAGAAGGACAGGCGGACGACGGCGAGGGGGAAGAUCUCAGACUAGCUGCCAGCGAAGGAUGUGAGAUCACGGGCACGCUGAUUGAUCUGGCUGGACUGGAUGAACCUUGCUCUCCUCCGACCGUCGCUCCUCCUCCUCCUCUUCCUCCUCAGGUCCCGUCAGCCAAUCCCACGGCCUCGCCCAUCCCCGUGCUCCCGCCUCCUCCUCGCCGAUUGGCCGGGGGUCACGGCAGUCAGACGAGCAGCCCCAAUCACAAACCUCCUGAGCAGCAGACCUCCCUCUCCCUGCUGGACGAUGAACUCUUGUCUCUCGGACUGAAUGAUCCUCCCUCUGUGCCAAACAGACCGAAGUUGGACGAAUUAUCUGGACAGUGGACGUCUUUACAGGCUCCUGAUCCCGGCCUGGACCUGUUUGGGAGCAUCUCGGCUCCGAGCGCCGUCUUUCCCACAACACACACGCCUGCUCAGACCUCACACACAGUGGCCGUCAGUCAGGGGCUGCAGGAUCUCUCCAUGCUGGACUUUGGAGGUGGAAAGAGUGUUUCUGGUCUGAGUGGCAUCGCUGGAGGGACGUUCGGUCUUUCCGGAGGCGUGACGGGCUCCGCGGCCGGCCCUCUUCAGUCCACUAACCCGUUCGUGAGCGCGGCGGUGCCUGGUUCGCCCGCUGUGGCCCGGGCUCAGGCGAUGACGGCCGGCUCGGCUCCGGGCAGCCCUUUCUUUCAGCCCUUCUCAUCUCCGUCUCACUCGCUUCAGUGCAGCCCGGCACGGAGCUCGGAGCCCAGCCUGUCCAACCUGUGCGUCCCGCUCGAGUCCAUCAGACCCAGUAAAGUGUUACCUGUGACGGUGUACGAUAAGGACGGAGUCCGUGUUCUCAUGCACUUUGCGAUGGACUGUCCACCGGGUCGACCGGACGUCCUGGUCAUGGUGGUGUCGUUGCUCAACACGGCGCCGUUACCGGUGCGAAACAUAGUGCUGCAAGCAGCCGUGCCCAAGUCUAUGCGUGUGAAGCUUCAGCCUCCAUCAGGAACCGAGAUCGCGCCCUUUAACCCCAUCCUGCCCCCUGCAUCCAUCACUCAGGUCAUGCUGCUCGCCAACCCACUCAAGGAGCGCGUGCGCUUGCGCUACAAGCUGACGUAUCUCCUGGGCGAGCGUCAGUACUCGGAGGUGGGCGAGCUGGAUCAGUUUCCCCCGGCGGACAGAUGGGGCUCCCUGUAGAUCUCUGCUCCAACUCUUCCACGCUCUUUCCCGAGUGUCGUCACCCGUUUGUGCGGUUCAUUUCCUUUCAGUCAGUGUUCUGCUGUAGCCUUGUGAAGCAGCGUUUGAUGCUUGAUGUUUGUGUUUUUUUUGGGGGGGGAUUCGAGCUGGAUUUUAAUACGAUAACGCAACGUCAGCGAUGAUGCUCCGUCUGUCACGGCAAUCACAGUUUCUGUCAAAAUACCGUAGUAAAACGACAAUUAAUUGGCAUUUGCAAAAAAACAGAGUACGUUUUAAUUUAAGAAAACCUGUCAUUUAUUCGAAAUGCGUCAAUUACUACAAACUUGCCUGAUUUAGGCCACGUUUAAAACCUGUGUGGUAUCGUUGCGAUACUAUAAUAGCUGUUUUUAAAAUACCGUUAUUUUUGUAUUCAUUUAGUUAUUAUGUAAUGUUUUUCAUACGUGUAUAGUUUUUAUUAUUUGUAUUUCACUUUUUUAGUUUUAGCUACUUCAGUACAUUACGUUGACGCAAACGAUAAAAGUGUGAAGCGUAGCUAAGUAUGUUUUUAAUUUAAAAAGUAGCGAAAUGUUAAAUAUAUAGGGUUUAGUCGACCCUUAAAGCACGAUACGAUACCACUGUGGUGUUGUAUUUAGUUAAUAAAUAUAUAUAUAUAUAUUGUAUUGUAUGCCAUUUUUAGGUGUCAUGGUUUUAUUUCGAACAAAAAAUGAAACCGCAAAUCAGUUUCAAUAGUGCAAAAAUAUCUCUUUUCAUUGGCUAUUUAUUGACAAAUCGAACAAAAUCGACUUUUUCCGAGCACAGUAUUAACUGUGGUAUUUUGGCGUGAACCGCGGUAAAUGGCGUCAAACUCCGAAGCCGAGCUGAUACUGACGGUGUCACGUGACCUCGUGGAGCGCAUCUAACCGCGAUCUCGCUCUUUCCAGGCCGCUCCAGGCGUUCCUCGCGACAAACGAGCGUUUCAGCUUUGCUCUUUCUAGACCUUAGACUAUUCCUUUCCCGCGAACUUCAGCUCUUGAAGUCAUGACGCAUCGGAUCGAAUGUACCUGCAGUCAGUCGAGUUUACAUGGAGACCGCUGUGAGUUUACACGCGUAACGUCAGACUAACGUUACGUUGUCUAUUUUGAGUUUUUAUCUGCCUCUGUUGUCGUUCAACACUGUUUCUGGUUUUAUUUAUUGCUGCUACAGGAACGUUUGGACUCAAGUUUCAGCAUUACAGGCCGUCUCAGACAGUCUUUGUUUAAUAUUAACAGUGUUUUUGCCUGCAGGUUAUGAGAUGAAGGUCUCGAUGGACAAGUGAGCGUUUUGUUUCAUCAGAUCAAGGCCUCGUGUGAUUUUUGGUCCCAAACAAACCUUAAUGUGUCCGACUGGAAGAAGAGGACAGCUGCUCCUCAGUUGUGUUCAAAGCGUUUAAUUCAUUACGGCCAUGUGUUUAGACUCGGACAGCAGCGAUCGAGCGAAUCUCACACAUACAUUAUGAAUAGUUCACCCAAAAAGGCUACAUUUAUGUUUUGCAUUUUGUUGGUAUCUGCACUUUUUUUGCAUGACGCUUAAACACUAAUUGUAAUAAAUACAUAUGUUAUACACUAUAUGUUCACAGUGAUUUUUAAAAAAAAAUAUCUUAUUUGUAUAAAUUUUGGGUCCCGUACUAGUCUUAACUUUAAAAAAUGCUUUUUGAUUUUGGGGUGAAUUCAUGGUGAUUUUGAUGAGAUUCGUUCGAUUGAUGAUUGGGAAUCUUGUUUGAACACGUUGGACUGUGUUUCUGGAGCAUCUCUGCCGAUUCGGACUUGUUUCAGGAAAAUGGAGCUUCAUUGUGCAACUGUAUCAAGUGUUUCGAGUAUUUCUGAGGAACCUUGUGUGUGUAUUAUUACGAAUCAUUGUGUCUCUUUUUAAGAGCCAAAGCUUCAUCUGAUCCGAUGUUGGUGACAAUGGUUUAGGAGGACAAAUGUAGAGCUUCUUAAAGGUUGUUAUGGAUGACUAUGACAAUGAUGAUGCACUGCUCUGGUGUUUAAUAACGACUCCAUCAUGUGUGCUGCGCCAUUAAAUACUUAUUAAAUGAA